UCCGUUUGCAGCAGGUGUUUCCUAUAUGGCUAAUUAGCGGAGAUGCUUCGGCAAGCAGAAGGGCAUGUGGACCUGGGAGCAAAGGCGCCUCUACCGCUGCUUGUUUAUCGAAAAAUUUGACUGUAAUAUUCACCUUUAAUUUUUCGAAGCCGGGGGAUGUUUAUUUGGUUGUUUUCAUCCCUCCGCUGUGUUUUAUUUCUGACAGGUUGAGCAAGCACGGCAAAGAAAAUGGACGAUGGGAGCAAACAACCACACACAUUUGGGAGCGGACAACCAAGAGCUCCACAUCCCAGACCUUUCUUCUACGUCCAGCCUCCGUCUCAGCCUUACCUCUACCAGCAGCCCUGGCAGAUGAACAACCCGUACAGUCACUAUGGUGUGCCUGGAGGAGGUUUUAACCGUCCCUGCAUGCCCCCCUACCAGUACAUGCAGUAUCCUGGGUUUAUGUUCCCGAACCCAUUGUUUGCCCCGUUAUAUCCAAUGGAUUACAGGCGAAUGUUUGAGCCUCGCUUCCACGCUCCUCCCUGGAAUGACAUGCCUCGCCAGCAGCAGCAGCAUCACCCACAGACAAACUGGCGUAGAGAAAUGGCCUGCUCGGAGGCCCAAACCGACCCCAGUGACGCCAUAACCAAACUUAUCGAAUGCCUGGAUAAAAUCCGAGCCACUGAGCUGCGGGGCGCUGACAGAGAGCUUGACUCGGGUGUCGCCUCACAGGCCUCGGGAAUGUUUUCUCCAGGCGAAGAGAAGAAAAGCAAAGAGCAGGGUCCGAUCCUGCCUUCAGCCCCUGAUGACAGCCACUCGGAGUCUCCAGCUAGGGUCUUCAGUGACUCCAUAACAGCGGUGUACGACGGGGAUUCCAGCCAAAGGAGCCUGGACGUCCUGAGUCCUUUGGGGUGCUGGUCAGCAGGAUUGGAAGAGGAGUGUCCUCUGGACAGCUCCUCGGUUCACGAAGAGUGUCCUGAGCCGGAGCAGCCGGCGACAGGCGAACACUUACUCCCUCAGGAGAAAACACAGGUCGCAGAUAUCCAGUCAGAUAUCUCGGCGACUGAUGAAAGCCUUCCCAGAUGUGAACUGGAAGAGCUCCUGAAGCAGCCGACGGAUCCAAUCCUGCCAUCUUCUUCCUUCGUCUCCGGUCAGUCGACACUCAAAGAUGCCAAAAGUGGGGAAGCAGUCUCAAAGACAGAACAUCAGAAAGCUGAUCCAAGCUACCAGAUCCUCAGGCUGCCGUUCGAGAGCGUUCUGACACCUGCAGAGGCUGGAAGCGGCCGCCUCUCCUCCCCUACUGCUCCCUACUACUACAACUACCUAUCCAUGCAGACCACCCAUGAGCGGAUGAGCGUUCUCAGUCCAUCUCUGGACGAGCUUUCCUCCCGAGAUGAGAUGUUCUCCACAGAUCUGGACGAUGCAGAGCUUUACCCCAAACGUGUGUAUGCAGGCAGGAAGCUGGCGGAGGUGGUGAGCGGGUCUCCGCACGCUGCUGAAGAAGUGGAAGAAGUGGAAGAAGUGUGGCUGCCAGGCUCAAAGAGGUGCAUGUGCGCCUGCUGUGGGAAAAGCCUCGCAAAAGGGACAGUAAGGAGCAAAGUCCACAGCUCCAAGGUGUACAGGGAGGAAGACUCUGAGGAGGAAAGCAGGCCUGGGAGAGGGUGCAAGCAGCCCGUCAGAGUGGUGGUGAGGAAGCAUUCUGCACCCAGGAAGCCCCAUGCUGUCCUACCCAGACAUGCUGCAAAACCUUGGUAUAAAAGAGGCCAACACAAAGAUCCCUCUGAUCCAGUGAACCAGGAGGAAGGUCAUGACGUUUGUAUUCAUGAGCCGGCUGAUGGCGAGAUUGGAGAGUUGACUUGUAGUGAGCCGCAGUGCAGAACAUGUCAGGACAGACUCUGCAGAGAAGAUCCAACCACGUCGGACCAAGGCAGGUGGGGAGACCGGGACGUGAUUCCCAGGAGGAGACCAGCGACCCCUCUGCAACGACAAGAGAUGAGUACUCAGAGGAAAGUGAUGUACCACAGGCCAAGAGACGAGGACAACGAUGACAACGAGCCACCACCAUUACACUGGGAAAGAGGCUCUACGAUGAGAGGAGAACCAAGAUGUUAAUGUCCCCAAAGUGUGUUGAACUGUCCCCCCCAAAAGGUGUAAUUGUUCCAGGAUAAGGUGUUAAAUAUUUAGAGCACCAGGUGAAAUGCACUGCACAAUGAAGCCUCUUUUUUUUGGUUUAGAUAAAAGUU